AUGCUUUUGGUCUCUGAGCCUUCAGUCUGGGAUCUCUAUGUGACUCAUACUUACGAAACAGUGGUCGACAAAAGAACCUACCGGCUCCGCAAGGAAAGCUACAUCAAGUCUCUUGAGCGCGAGAUCCUGCACCUUCGCACUGCUAAGUCCGAUUUAACAGGGGAAACCAGAAAGCUUAGGGCAGAGGUACGGCGGUUGCGCCAAGUGAUUGAGCAGCAUGGUAUAGUCCUUCCGUUUACGCCGCCAUCUCUUGAUUCCGACAUCACAUCCCCAAGACAGGAGAAUAGUCCGCAGGGAGCAAUGGCGACGCUCUGCAUAGAUAGAGACCAUCUGAACAAUAAACGUCUGGCUGUCUUUGACGACGCUCUGACUUACGGGACGAGCCCUGGGUCGGUUCAAACUGCGACUGAAGGUGUUCACCUCCCGGACGGUUCCUUUACGGGCCAGUCGGAAGUUGUAGCAGCCAUGAAUUUCAUCCUCAGCCUCGAGGCGCCCUGUCUAGACCACGUCCGCGCCGCACUAGGCGCCCCCUCUGCGCAAAGCGAAAUGGGCCACGGCCAUGCCCUAACCCUAACUGCUUCUGUCUUUCGCCUUUACAGCGACACCUCACUCUUACCAGAGGAGGAUGAGCUCCUUCAUGUGUCGAAGCAGACAUUAAGCCGACUGCUAGAGCUUUCUGUGCAGGUUACCACGGCCGAGGAGCUCACGCCGACCCAGGUGUGGGCGUUCCUUCACCAAAGCCCUGCGUUUGCAGACCCGAAGACACGACAAGAGAAGAUCAUGAAUGUUGCGCAGGAGUUGGCAAGGUAUGGAGCGGUUAUUCCAAGAGAUGUGGUUACGAGGGUUGUCUCUCAGGUUAUCCCUCCACAAGGGUCAUGGCAGCAGUACCGCAAACUGCUGCUGAGCCUGGCUUCUGCCCUUUCAGAUCUCCACGUAUAA